GUGAGACAUCACGACGGUGGAAAUUCUCAGCGCUGAGCUGUCAUUAUUGUUGUUAAAAGCUUAAUGCUGCGUGAGAUACUCUAUUGCGUUUGCGUUGCAGGCCGGACGGCAUAUGAACUACAAAUCGGACACUGUUUCAAAGGGUUUUUCAGAUUUUGUGGAAGUGUCCCCGCCCUGUGUUUCCCAGGGACCUGAAAGAGCGACGGGGAAUCAGGGGAAAGUAUUUCAACUUUUGAAGACAGGUCCGAGAUGGCGUCUCUUGGUAACGCGUCGUCAAGUCCUAUGGUCAUGCUGGCCCCAAAAACCAAGACGAAGAAGAAACAUUUCGUGCAGCAGAAGGUUAAAGUAUUUCGAGCCAGCGACCCAGUUCUCAGCGUUUUCAUGUGGGGAGUGAAUCACUCGAUAAAUGACCUGAAUCAGGUGCCUGUUCCUGUCAUGCUGUUGCCUGAUGACUUCAAAGCUAACACAAAGAUCAAAGUCAACAAUCACCUUUUCAACAAAGAAAAUCUGCCCGGACAUUUCAAGUUCAAGGAAUACUGUCCUCAAGUAUUCCGAAACCUCAGAGAACGCUUUGGAAUUGAGGAUCAGGACUAUCAGGUGUCCCUGGCACGCAGCCCCCCUGUGCGGGGAGGAGAGGCCCAGGUGGACGGCCUGCUGCUGACGUCAUACGACCGCACGCUGGUGGUCAAGCAGAUCUCCAGUGAGGACGUUGCUGACAUGCACAGCAUCCUCUCAGAAUACCACCAGCACAUAGUGAAGUGCCAUGGGAGCACACUGCUACCCCAGUUCCUGGGCAUGUACCGUGUCAGCGUGGAGAGUGAAGACUCCUAUCUGAUCGUCAUGAGGAAUGUGUUCAGCCACAGACUACUGGUGCACCGCAAAUAUGACCUCAAAGGAUCCCUAGUGUCCAGAGAAGCAAGUGAUAAAGAGAAGGUGAAGGAGUUGCCCACCUACAAAGACGUAGACUUCAGGAACAACAUGCAGAAGGUGUACGUGACGGAGGAGGAGAAGGAGAAGCUUAUGGAGAAGCUCAACAGAGACGUGGAGUUCCUGGUGCGUCUGAAGAUCAUGGACUACAGCCUGCUGCUGGGCAUCCAUGACGUGGCGCGUGGCGAGCGUGACGAGGAGGAAGGGGAGGAGCCGGGGGGAGAGGAGGAGGGGGCGGAGGCGGAUAAUGGGCUGGCGCCCGCGCCGCUGGUGGGCUCCUACGGCACCUCCCCCGAGGGCAUCGCCGGCUACAUGAACUCCUUCAAGCCCCUCGGCCCCGGCGAGUUUGACCCCUACGUGGACGUGUACGCUGUCAAGAGUGCGCCGGGAGCGCCACAGAAAGAGGUGUACUUCAUGGGCCUCAUCGACGUGCUGACCCAGUACGACACUAAGAAGAAAGCAGCUCAUGCAGCGAAAACCGUCAAACACGGGGCUGGUGCUGAAAUCUCUACUGUUCAUCCAGAGCAAUACGCCAAGAGGUUCCGGGAUUUCAUCGCUAACAUAUUUGCGUAGUGUUCACUGUUCCAAAAGACUAAAAGACUGUCUUCCGCACAGAUAGUAUUUACUGGAUGUGUAUUUACUUCACCAGGGAAAUAAUACAAUAUAUAUAUAUUAUAAAGAUAAUUUACAUUUUGAUUUUUAAAAAAGAAAAUAACAUAAGGUCAUGCAAUCAUGCACAUGUGUAUGCAUCCAUUCAUGCCGUACAUCAUUAUGGCAGUGUGUUUGUGUCCACGUGAAGGUAAUAUUUUUUCACAUCUGGAUGUGACAUCGUUAAGAAAAGGAAGAGUUUUAUUUUUGUUGAGUAAUGAGGACCUGAAGUAUGGAUGAGAUGAGAUGAGAUGAGGGUUUGGUGAUCACACAGCCUAGUGUAUCGCAGCCUAGUGUAUCGCAGCCUAGCGUAUCGCAGCCUAGCGUAUCGCAGCCUAGCGUAGCAUAGCGUGGUUUGGACUAUCUACUGUAACGGCAUAGCCUUCAGGUGCAUCACAAGGUUAAGUAAGGGCCUUUUAGUGUGUGUUUUGAGACGUUUUAUUUGGUGUAGUGUAGCGCUGUCUGCACUAUAAUGUCACUAAGGGUUAGCCUUGAGUAUAGUAUAAUCAUGAUUUUUUUUUUUAUUUUUUUUUUUUUAAAUCAUAGAGAAUACAUCCCCAAGAUGCCUUUGGUAGUCGGAGUGUGUUUGUGUGUGUCGCUUCAGUAUUCAGCUGCUGCUGGCGACAGUGUGAAGCUCUGUGGGGGUCCGUUAUGAUCAUGGUAGACAGGAGAAUCGCAUAUCAUUUGAACAUUUUGGUUUUCCUCUCUUACUCCAGUGCUGUCAAGGAUCAGAGGUGCAAGUGUAUGUAACUGAGAUGGGUUUAAUGGAACAGUAUCUGGCUUGCAGAUCAAUGCUGGCAUACAGUAUGCCUUAUUGCGUUUUAUUUAUUUUGUUACCAGUGUUUGGACCAAAUAUAUAUAGAGAGAUAUAUUUUCUGAACCUUUUCUGCGUCGGUUUUUGUCAUUUGUUAAAUGUUAACUCAUUACUUUUGAAAUUCAACAGUGCCAGUCUCCUAAUGUCGCGGACAACUACCCAAAAACGGUUUGCAGGAUUCAUUUUGGGUUUUCCCUUCACCUACGGUAUAGUCAUUGUCCACAGCUACUGAAUGCUCUGAGGAAGAUCAUUCAAAUAGCCGAGGGGCCGUUCUACUGAACUAGCUCUGUUCUAGAAUGACUGUAGCACUUAAAUCACACUACAUUCCAUAGCUCGACACUGGAUACAAAGCAUUUUUUUCUGUCACUGACAUUUAAAAUGAAAUGAUACAAUUGCUCUACUUGUGUAGCAUAAUUUAGCCAAACUUGAAAAGAACCACCUUAAAUAGGGUGUUUUUGUAGCCAUUUUAAGGUUUUUAAACACUCCUCUGUGAUAUUUGGUUUUAUUUAUUGGAAUAUUUUUUUAAAAACUUUGACUAAUGCACAUCACACAGGAACUCUUUUUUGUUGUCAUUGUAAUUUGUUUUCUUGGGUUUUUCCCUGUUCCAGAGUGCUUCUUAAAAAUAGUUUCACUGUGUAAUGUGCACACGUAAAAGGGAUGAGAUGGGUAGGUUUUUUUUUUUCCUUUUGAGGUGUUUGUUAUGAAAUCACUGAAGUCACUUAGUCACUCCAAGUCACUCACAAUAGUCGAUGUGAGGUAUUCCAAAAGUGUAUGGAAGAGGCUGUUUGUGUUAUUAGGAUAGAUAAUGGACAAUAUAAGCUUGUCAGCUUCCCCCAUCACUAAUGUACAGCGGCUUUAAGAUGGGGACCGGUGUCUGCUCUGCUCCAGUCAAGCUCGGCAGUCAACUUGCUCACCUGUCUGUCAUCACAUUCAACCUGUUGUUAAUGUUAAAUGAAUAAAACAUGUUUCAGUAUUUGUGUC